AUGCUUUGCUUUUUUAGGUGGAAUUACUUUUUCCUUUAUGAUGGUUCGAAGGUUAAGGAAGAAGGAGAUCCUACAAGUGCCGGGAUUUGUUAUUUUUAUCCUUCUCAGACUCUUCCCGACCAGCAGGAACUGCUGUGUGGACAGAUUGCCGGAGUGGUGCACUGCGUGACUGAGAUUUCUGGAGUUCCUCCAAGUCUCAUUCGCCUGAGGAAGCUCAAGUUUGCAGUUGUAGUGGAUGGAGACUAUCUGUGGGUUCUGGGCUGUGCUGUUGAGCUCCCUGAUGUCAGCUGUAGACGGUUUCUGGAGCAGCUGAUCAGCCUCUUCACUUUCUACAAUGGACCUGUGCACCGUGCGUACAUGGCAUUUUCUCAGGAGGAACUGAGCAGGCAGUGGGACAGAUAUAUUGAACAUAUCCAAAAAAACACCAGUGACCUCCACAAGAUUUUCAAUUCUCUCUGGAAUCUGGACAAAACCAAGGUGGACCCCCUGCUCUUACUGAAAGCAGCUCUCAUCUUGCAAACUUGCCAGCGGUCUCCCCAUGUCUUGGCGGGCUGCAUUCUCUACAAAGGCUUGAUUGUGAGCACCCAGCUGCCACCUCCUCUCACUGCCAAAGUUCUCCUCCAAGGCAAUGGGUCUCCAGGCCAGAGUGAGCCUGGAGGUGAGGAGCAGCGGGAGCCUGAUUCUCCAUUGCCGCAGGGUGUCUGUAUCAUCCCGGUAUUCCUAACAGAAGAUGAAGUCUCAGUGCUCCGAGACUUUCCGGUGGAGUGGAUGACUAGGUCAUCAGUGUCUCCAGCAAGCCCUAGAGGAGAGAAGAAUGCUUUCUGCUCCCAGGCAGUUGCAGAAUCAACAGGAGUUUGUGAAAACCAGGACCUGAAUAAUAUCUCUGUGCAGGAGUCCCCUGAGCAAGCUUCAAGCACAGCUGCAUCAGAAGAUGCUGGGCAAUCAGGCAGCCUUGCAAACACAGGUCCUUUGAAGGGCUUCCCUGAAAUGGAAGCCAGUACAAAGGAUUCUCCAACUGCAAAACUGAGCAGCCCAGACAGCAAAAGUUCAGAGCUCAGUAGAAAAGCAUCCUUGCCAUUAGAGAGAGACACGAAGCAGCUGCCAAGCCCUUUCACACUCCAUACUGCUGAAUAUGCUCAAACUACAGGUCCGUAUCUGGAAGGGUUUUCCUUUCCGAACCCUUAUGCCCGGGAGCAGGAGAGUCAGAGCAUGGGGAAAUCCCUUGUGGACUAUGGUGUUGAGCAAUGCAGUUUCCAAAGUUAUCCUGCAACCAGUGGCAGUCUGGCUAUUUGCUCUCCUGCCCAAGAGUUGAGCAGAAGGAAAUCAAGUGAACAAGACGAGCAAGGGACUAUGAGCCAAAAUAGUGUCUCUGGAGAAAGCAGUGGUGCAGCUGGUGGCAAUGUGUGGGGUUUGGAUUGUCCAGCCACUGCUGUGCAACCAGAGCUCCAAAGCAGGAGUCAGCUGCCAGCUGUAGAGGUUCAGGAGAGUCUGCCCGGUGACCCAGCAGAGAACAUGCACUGUCCCAGGAGCAGGGAGAAUGGCUGGCCGCCUCAGGUGGACAGUCUGGGCGCCCAGGCUGGUGUGCAGUCAGGCAAACAGUGCAAACCAGUUAAAAUGAGCUUGUAUGUUCACUGUGUUAAGGGGCUUGUGCUCUCCCUGCUGGCUGAAGAUCACCUCCGAGAGGACCAGAGUUCCAUUGAAGAUGUGUACCACAGCAGUCUGGCUUCUCUGAACGGCCUCGAGGUUCAUCUGAGGGAGACUCUGCCCAAAGACUCCUCUUCCUCAGCCAAGACAACCUACAGCUUCACUCACUAUGAUUGUGUUCAGAACGUACUCACGGCCAACCUGCCCCAUACACCUGGCCCUCUGGAUCGGCACUUCCUGAGAGCUGCUACGCUGAUCCACUCCGACUUCAACCAGCUUCCGACUGCUUCAGAAAUGAUAAUUAGGAAUGCCUCUACAGCCGUGUACGCCUGCCGGAAUCCCGUCCAGGAAACCUACUUCCAGCAGCUGGGUGCUCCGCUCCGCAACUCAGGUGUCCCCAACCCUCAUGACAGUGCAUUCAGCUUGCCGAGCAAGGCCAAGCAAAAGCUGCUGAAGCAUGGAGUGAACCUGCUUUGAACUGAUGCAUUGAGGCAACAUGUCUCAGCCUGUGCUGAAAGUUAGUUCAUCUUCAAUAAGUAAAAUCUCAAAGCCAUUUAUUCCUUAGGAGGCGCAAGGCUCUGUGCUACAUCUAUGGGGUCUCCAGCCUGCCUUGUCCUGAGGAAGGGGCACUCUUACUGCCCUGUUCCUGCAGCACAUUUUGUGCUAGUGCAGAGUAUCGUUGACAUUAGCACUUACCAAAGGCUGCAGAUAGAAAAUAGCUGUGUUGGGAUGCUUGGUUUACAUUGACUGUAGGACUAUUCAUGGUGCUCUGCUGCCACAGGCAGAGACUCCUGGAGUGCCUUGACCUAAAGUGAAACCUCUUCUUGCUCUAAGCUAUACAGACACCAGGCUGCUGGGCAGUACUGGCUUUCAGAGAUGUCAGUCAGACACUGCAUCUGCCUGGAGUUCUGUGCCUACACUUGCCUUGGUCAGACUUGGGCUUUAUUUAUAUCUCUUAAUCUAUAGAAAUGAUUCCCUGCCACGACGUAAUGCCUUACCUUGAUUAACAGAGCCUGCAUGUUCGCAGACUAACUGGAAUAGAACAAGUGCUGCAACACUCAUAAUCCUCCUACAGGUGCUGUCAGGAGGUUUUUAUACUGUAGCUGAAUCUGGGAGAUCCUUGUCCCUCCACGCGUGCCUGAUUGGUGAUUGUGCAGCACAGUGCUGCCUUCCCUGCUGCCCACCAACUGCCAGCCUCUCAAGGGGCUGUGGUGAUGGUGGUGGUGUGAAUGCACUACACCUCCUGCCUGCUUCUCGGCCUUCCGCUUCCUCCCCCCCUCUUGUUGGAGGACCGUGUUUCACCUCCUUGCUCUUGCUGCUCAAUUUCUCUACACUCUGACAGAAAAGGCAAGUGGGAGCCUCUUAAGCUAAUAGGACCAAAGGUUUUGUAGCUCCUCAGCAGCUGUUUUCUUGCUGCUCGGACAGACGGCGUGUCCCCUGUGAGCGACUGGCGGGGGGGGGAUUGGCAGUGAUGGCUGCUUAGACCUGAGCGAUGGACACCUGCGUCUUGACUGUGCUGUAUGUUUCAAAGCCUGCUGCUGUUACAUACACACACAUCACUGUGACUGUGAAAAUAAAAGAGAGUCUCCA